CGACUUGAUCUCGGCCCAGAUGCGUACAGCAUACAUGUUCGCAGCUACCCUGGUCCACGAAUUUGCACACGCGUUUUGUAAAGCAUACUUCGAACGGCCAGACACGAAGCCAGCGCAACCGAAUGAGCCAUGGCUGGCAGACAACAGGAAUAACGAGCUUGGCCACGCCGUUGUCCUCCAGAUCUUGGGGGGAAUACCAGGAUCGAAUACUCUUUAUCGUAUACCAAUGAGUUCUGCGGAGGUUAUCAAGCAGUGGAACUAUGUGCCAUUCGGCAUGCAUUUCCGAGAACCAUGGGAUAUGUGGGCCAAGACCAGCAAAUUCCAACAAGUGAUUUCAGAGGGUGCGGCCGAGGCCAACGGUAAGACAUGCACAUUCUAUCCGAUAGCGCAGAGGCAAAUCCAAAGCAUGUACGCCAAACAGACUUGGGAUGAAGUGUCUAGGUAUGGGUUGGACGCGAUCAAGCUGACAAAGAUACCCGAGUGGGCUGCUCAUUUAGUCCCCGGUGAGACUGGAAACUACACUCUGAGAUGAGCGAUACCAUGAAACCCAC